GGUAACCGCGAUCGUGUAUCCUCGUGCGUAUUUUAACUUACGUAGCCAGCGUUGUGAAUUAGUGUCCCACAGGCUGUGUUUUUGUUGCUCUUUUCUGCGCAGUUUCCAAGAGGUAAGUUUAACGUCGUAAUAUCUGUGUUAUGAAAAUAUGAGACAUCAUUUUAAUAUGAAAACGGAGUAAAAACGAAGCCUCUGAUUGAGUUCUUGGACUGAGCUGAGGGGAAAUAAGAAGGUGAGAGGGUUACCAAGGCAGCGACGACGCACAGGACGCAGAGAUAGCAGACAGUAGAAGAGACAGAGACACCCAGAGAGAGGAGAGAGACCUGUGAGAUCUUCACUGCUGAAGUAUUUCCAAACUGUCCUUAUGAUUUUAAGCCCACAGGGUCUGCGCGUGCACACAUGUUGCUUUAUUGACUUUUGAUGGACUUAAAUCCUCCACAGACUCGCUGCUGACUGUCCAUGAAGACCCUCUCAGACUCUGGACAGGUGACAUCUACAAACUGCCCGAUGGAGAAAUAUGAAAAGCUGGCCAAAAUUGGCGAGGGCUCCUACGGCGUGGUGUUCAAGUGCAGACACAGAGACACCAGCCAGAUAGUCGCCAUCAAGAAGUUUGUGGAAUCUGAAGAUGACCCCGUCAUUAAGAAGAUUGCAUUGCGAGAAAUACGUAUGCUGAAGCAGCUGAAACAUGUGAAUCUGGUCAACCUGCUGGAGGUCUUCAGGAGGAAAAGACGGCUCCACUUGGUGUUUGAGUUUUGUGAGCAGACGGUCCUCAAUGAGCUGGACAAACACCCCGAGGGUAGGGUACCAGAGGCUCAGCUGAAAAGUAUAGUGUGGCAGACUCUGCAGGCUGUCAACUUCUGCCACAAGCACAAUUGCAUCCACCGUGAUGUAAAGCCAGAGAACAUCCUCCUCACCAAAACUGGAGUCAUCAAGCUCUGUGACUUCGGCUUCGCCCGCAUUCUGACUGGACCGGAGGACGACUACACAGACUACGUAGCGACCCGCUGGUACCGUGCUCCCGAACUGCUGGUCGGGGACACUCAGUACGGGCCCCCUGUGGACGUGUGGGCCCUUGGAUGCGUCUUCGCUGAGCUUCUUCACGGAAAUCCACUCUGGCCCGGGAAGUCUGACGUUGACCAGCUCUACCUCAUCCGAAAAACCCUAGGUGACCUGAUCCCUCGUCACCAGCAGGUCUUCCGCUCCAACGUUUUCUUCAGUGGAGUCAGUAUUCCUGAACCCGACACCACGGAGCCUUUGGAGAAGCGCUUCCAUGGUGUGUCUCAGCAGGCCCUCCAAGUUAUGAAGUCGUGCCUGGUGAUGGACCCGUCUCUGCGGCUGUCCUGUGAAGAGAUACUGGAGCUGCCGUACUUCCAGGAGGAAGGAGGAGCCAACUGGGGCCGUGAGGGCGAGCGCCCAGGAAGACGACAUGACAAAGGCUCCCGACGCAGACAGCCAGGGGCUCAGUACCUGCCUCAGCUACCAAACAGCAACAUCUCACCAGCUCCAGAUGUUAAGAGACAGGUGAAGCAUAAAUAUCACCUGCCCAACAUUUAGCAAACCAACACGUUUAUGUCUGAACUGAGGACCAUGAACCUGUGUGAUGCUUUUUGCAAUCAUAUGAAUACACUUCAGUUUGAGGACGCAUAUAUUGUUGGUGUGACAAUGAAGAAGUGCAUUUUACUUCUAUGAUCACUCUCACUUGUCGUGUUUGUUGAUUUAAUCACUUUAUAUUCUUUACACGACAAACAAUUGUAAAAGCAUUUACAGUUGCAGGCUAGGCAACAUGCUAACAGUUCUUUAGGAGGAGAAUAGAGCGAGACAUGAGUACUGCACUUUCAUAUAUCUAUAAGAUUAUUAAAUAGGUCAUAAAAGUCAGCAGAGUGCCAUCAUCACUUGGAUAAAAGUACUACAAGUUUCUAGUUUUCUGAUCUGCGUGCAGGCUCAUAUCAUACAUUCAAAAUAUGUACUACAUUGUAGAAUUAAUCAGUUUAACAAGAUGGUCUGUAAAGAAUAAUUUUUAUUUCAUUUCUGCAUAUAUUUUAUAGCAGCAAAAGGUGUUUAACCCUUUGAAACCUGAGCAUUGGCUUUAUUUCUUCUCCAAUUUCACAAAAAAAUGAGCUGAACUUUAUUUGAGGCUGAUCAGUCACUUUAAUUGAUAGCAGGUGUGUACGGCCUACUAUUUCACAUGCAUUUGAAUAUGAUUAUUAUGGUUAAUUCUGAACACAGCCACAUCCCCAAUUAUAAGAGUUUGUGAACACUUAUGCAGCUAUAUUAUUUUAUUUAUUUAUUUUUUUAUCACCCGAAAGGAUCUGUUUGUUUUCCAAUUGCAUUGUGCAGGUUAUAGGUCAUAUUAAUAGGUGGAAAAAGUUCUGACAUGAUUCAUCUCAGCUUCAAAACGAUCGACUGACAAAAACAGUAUUUUUACCUCACAGAACACAGGAGCAGCUGGUCCUCCGCUGCCUCAAUUACUGUUUGUGUUAUUAUCUGUUUGGUGAAUCUGAUGCAAACUUUCUAAAGCCACACAACAACACAAAACAAACUGGCUCCUAUGUUCAGCAACGUUAAAGUACUUAUUUUUUCAUUGAGUCUGGCUUUGAACAGAGCGAGAUAAGCUUCAGUUUGUGGUUGGAUAUUGCUUUCUGAUGGCAAGACAAAGCACUGAAAAUAUUCUAAAUAUAGUGUACACUGUAUAUAACAGACUUUUUAGCCAGUACUUUUUUAAAGAAGUGUAAAUAUGUUUUGCGGCUGCCCCCCAUUUACAACAGUGCAUUGUUUGGUUUGCAUGUCAGAGCACCUGCAUGUAUCUUCAAACUGGAGGCUGACAGACAUCUAGAUAACACAAUGGGACUAUGGAUAAGUGCCUCUCACCUAAAUAGUUCGUAAUCUGGGGUUCAUCUACAGUUGGUCACAAGAUAAUUGAUGGAAUUUGGACAAAACGUUCAGUAUUUCUGGUUUAUCAGUAAAAUACAUUAUUUUUU